GGAAAAUUAUAUUAAAAAUGGCAAGAAUUUUAACAAAUUUUACAAACACUAAUUAAAAAUAAUUAUAAAAACCUAUAAUUUACAAGAGUAAAACUACAAAACCUAUUAAAUACCAACAAUGCGUGAUAAUAAAGAAGAAGAUAACCAAGGUAUAGCACAAUCGGCAACACCUAUGCCUAAACACAUACCAUUUCCAGACUAUCCCGGCUCCUCAGAGAUCCUAAAUGAAUUGUUAAUGUUUUUAUUUACAACAUGUGCCGCUGCCAUGCAAUUUAUAAAUAUUUAUCGCACAAACUGGUGGUUACCUCACUCGCAAAUAACAAAUACUAUGAAUCUUUAUCAUAUUGAACCUUUUUUGCUAAUAUUAAUUGUGGCCAUAAAUGCUAGAAGAUUAGUGUAUUGUGUCUGCUUAAGGGCUGUGGAAUUGCUGUUGCCCACCCACCUGCAACAAAUGAUGGGCAUUUGCAAAUAUGUCAUAGAGGAUGUUAUAUUGGCUUUGCUUAUAGCUUGCAUAGUUAUGCUGUACAACAACAAUAAUUACUUGACUAUAUUUCUAUUAAUAUAUCCAUUCAUAGUAUAUUUUCUGGCCUUUGGCUUUACUUUGGAACCUUUUUUACGUUUUAAUUAUGAGGUAAAAGGUGCCUACUUUAAUGGUUUUCCUUUACAUUCCUGUUCGGCAAAUCCUAAUGCCAUACGCUUUGAAAUAGAUGUUUUACGCAAUGAUUUCAAUUGCCGCUUUAAGCAGGUUAUUUUUACUUCACUGUUAAACGCCUAUUUUUCCACGUUUCUACCCUGCUAUUUUGCCUCUGCGGUGCAAUAUAAUGUACUAUGGGCCAGUAUUCACAUACUACUGGUAUUCUUUAGUGUCUUCACCAUGUGUACAGUCUUUAGUUUUCCCUCUAAAUACAGUGAUAUUCUACACAGAGCUGCUUUACAUUUGGGCUAUUGGUUUAAAUUGGAAUUGCGAGCUGGCGCUGAUUGUGUGGUCAGUGCUACUGCUCCUAAUUGGAUAAAAAGUGCUCUUUGGGGUCAUAAUACCGUGACCAAAUGUAGUGGUGAAUUGUAUCGCAGUUUUGGCCCAGUAACAGUAGCCACUCCUGGUAAUUCCUCACAUGCUAGAUUUUAUAAACUUUUCCACAAUCCAUCUUUGAUCUAUGCCACUCUAACAAUUAUACAAACUUGUAUAGUUUUAUCGGGUAUUUCCCUAUUGUAUUAUGCCAUUGAAUGGCAUUUUAUUUUAUCUCUAAGCUUUAUUACUUUGACAAAUCAAUUUACGUUUUUCAAAUUGAUGCGUGAUUAUUUAAUUACAAAAAGAGUUUAUUUGGCUGAGCUGACGGUAAGCGAUUUAAAAUUAAUGGAUAAUUAAAAUAAAAUCUAUAAUAAUAAAUACAAGAAGAGACUGCAAGAAGCCACAGUUGAA